UUUCAUUUUCGUGAAUUUUCGAAAAAGGAUUUUCCUAUAGGAAAAGCCAAGGUGAAAAGCAUUAAAUUUUUAACGCCAUCUGCUGGAGAUCGAGUGCAUAAUCAAAGGUUAUAAUCAGCUAACGUAACUUAAAUAGAUAAGCUUUCGUUUUCUAAUUUAACGUUGCCGAAGAAAAUGUUUCAGAAAACAAUUUUUUUUAUUGCUUUCUAUUAAAAUAUUAGCUUUUAAAUUUUCAUUGUAAUCCAUUUAAAAAAAAGUCGGCAACCAACUUCGAAGAAAAAAUAGCGCCACCUAAUUGAUAUUUCCAAUUACUAUUUUAACUGAGAGAGAAAAAAAAUGUCGCUUCAAGUAAAAUUUCAAUGGCCGAUUAAGCGUUACGCUCGAUUUAUAAACAAUAAAGACGAACCUAUGGAAAAUGAAACAAAUUGGAUGGUUGUAUACAUUCCUUUUAAUUUGCCUAAUCAUAUUAUUAGUGAAAAUAGCGAUUUGGUUUUAUUAUAUCUCCAAACAGAAUGCUUAAUAAUUAUGAAAAGCAAUGUAAUAGAGGAGAGUUUACCCUUAGCAAAUAGUCAGUCCACCAUUCGUGCCGUAACUAAAGGAGACAGUAUCUUAAUUGCUACUAAACUUGAGAAUUCUGUAAAAAGAUUUCGGGUUCAGUUUGAUGGAUUUAAUGAGAAAAAUGGAAAAGAACAAUGCGAAGAAUUUGUGAAAAUAUUCUGUCAAUUUUUCCCCAUAAAAUCUACAUUGCCUAAUAAAGUAAAAUGUCUUCUUCCUGCAGAGAAGUCAGACUUAUCUGGAACAGUUUCUCUAGAUUCCAUUGUUGAAGCAAUAGAAGGAAAUAUCGAAUUCCCAUCUGUAUAUAUGAAUCCAUUAACAAGCCUAGAAUCAAAUGAUCUUCAGUGUCUUAUAUAUACUUGUCUGUUUGAUCCGACUUUUCCCAAAUUCAUAGCCGAUGUUGAUAAAGCUUUUAAAAAUAUUAUUGAAAAUUAAUAUGUUUCUUUAUAAAUUUGUGUAUUUGUAGUUUAAUUAUUACAUGAGAAAAUGUUACAGAAAAGUAAAAAUUACUUUUCAGCAGCUGAAAUUAU